UCCGACGACAUAAGGUUGCGCAUCAGAACAAAAGGCCCUUGGUUCUCUUCUCCCACGGUUCGGUUGUGCGCCAUGGACGGUGGAUUGAGACAAUCGAGGGUCCGGUUUUCUGGUGUAGGGCAGGAAGAUCAGGGCAGCGGGCAGGCCAUGGCAAUGCCACCACAGCGACAGCGAGGCACGCCUUUUGGAAGAGGUGAAGAAUACGAUGCCGCGUACGCAGCAACGGUGGCGGCAGUGGCAUAUGCCAUUGCUGCAAUGGAGGAAGAGAAGUUACCACCUCAGCAGAAGCCUAUCCCAGAGAAAACAGCAUCUCGGCAGAAGCGUGUAACAGUUCAUGAGCCCACAGCCGCCCCGCCGCCGAGAUCACCACCCAGGAGAGGCGGAAGCAUGAAAAGGCCGACUGAAGGAAGCAAAAUCUCAAGAUUGUUUAGUGGUAACAAAGAAAUCGUUGAAGUUGGCGACGAAGACGAACAAGGAGCGAAUGUUUCGGUGAGGAGGCCGGUGAAACCGGCGCCAAAGAAGCCAGGAGGUCCAACUCCAGGCCAGAACGUGGUAGGGAAGGUGGUCGACUCCGUCCCGAACCUGAAGGACAAUCCAAGUUUCACGAGGAAAACACCGGACAAGAAGAGGAGCAGAAACUUUGAGCAGGAGGAAGCAAAUCAGAGGGCGAAACCCGGGGUUAACCCGACGACCUCGUUUCCAGGAGAGAGGAAACAGAGCUGGAAGCACGAGCAGGAGCCGGCGAAUCAGAGGGCGCCACCGGCAGCCAGGCCUCCAGGAAUGGUUUAUUCCAGCGAGGCGGAGAGGAUGGCGGCCGCGUGGGAGAAGGAGGAGCUGGCGAAGAUCAAGGAGCGGUACAACGAGACGAUGGAAACCAUAGCCGAAUGGGAGACUGAGAAGAAGGCCAAGGCCAGGCGCCAGAAGGAGCCCAAAGAGGGCGAUUCGGAGAGGAAGAGAGCAAAGGCGCUGGAGGAGUACAACGACGAGAUGAAGCGGAUCAGCAAGGUGGCCGCCGCGUCGAGGCUGUCGGCGGAGGACAAGAAAAGGAACGCCGAGGGCAAAGUCUGGGAGAAGGCGGCCAAAAUCCGGUCGACGGGGAAGCUCCCUCGGUCCUGUGGCUGCUUCUGAAACCAUGGACACACAUAAUAUGGGCCAAGAAUCUGGUUGUGUUGCUGCUUUACUGUGUAUACUUGUUUAUGUAAUCGCCUAAAUGAAGUACAUUGCGCCAACCAGUGCAAACUCCACGUGGUGGAAUUUCGACAAGACUCAUAGUGUGACGAAACAAGUAUAACCAAGUAGCCCCUGGAGGAGGCAAGAGUUCAUAAAAAGUGUAUCCUGUGUGCAAAUUAGAUAUACAGAUUUUAAUGAGC